AUGUUUUAUUGUAUGGAUGAGGUGGAUAAAGCGUACGUUAGGGCUCUGUUUCCGAGCUAUCUGCUGGAGCAGCCCAUAGGGCAUCAACUAUGGAAGAUCUACUACAGAAACAGGAAGCUGUUCAGAAAGUUGAAGAGUAAAGGCGAGGGUAUGCCGAACUUUAGAGACCCCAGACUUCGACGGCUACGACCAGAGCUCAGUUACGAAACAAGGAAAGAAAUCUGGGAGAAAUUGAUGAGCCUAGGAGUUUUAGGGACAAUUCCUUAUGACGCAGCCUCUGACGAGUACUUGGUCCAUGUGUACCAGUAUUUCUACCCAGAGAUUGACGGAGACCCUCAGUUUGGUGCAAAGAGCGCCAGCGAUCCCGACGAAAUGCAAGUGGAUUCAGAUGUUCAUGACCUGACGAACCCUGUGUUCAUUUCGCGCCACGAGGGACGGCACUCGAUGAACGGCAUUGACUACGAGGAUGACGACGACGACGGCGAGUUUAAUGAUGACGAUGUAGCUGAAGACAACGACGAAGAUGACUCCAACGAGAGCGAAGACGACUCCAACGAUGAAGACGGCGAUGAGGAUGAAGACGGCGAGGACAACGACGGAAAUGUAGACGAAGACGAUGACCACGAAGCGCAUGUAACUCGUCCUCCCGCCUAUAGCCAGCGUAGUGCUGAUGAUGGCAGUACCAAUCACGAUAUCGAAUUUUUGCUCAACGAAGCCGAUCCAAUUGAAGGCAGAGGCUUGGUGGACUCUUCGCAAGAGGUACAAAGCAAGCCAUCGGAGCCCAAAGCCAAUUCGGAUUCCGCAGCAAAUUCAGAAUCGAUAAACUUCAAAAGAAACACAGUCUCACAAGAAAUUUACAAGCACUUGGGUUAUCCUUUGCCGCAUGUCUGGGAAACUCCGUCGAACAAUAGCAUUUUGGUGUCAUCUGACGGUUGCACCCAGUUGAAAUCGAACCCAGAGUUUCAGGCUCUGUCCGCCCAUGACAGAAGAACAAGCUCUAUCGUGGGUUCCGGCUUCCCAGAAAAUCUGUCAGGUUUCAAUGCUAGACAAGAAUACGUCAGUACAAUGGCUAACAGUGCUACCCUUUCAAAAAGCUUGGCAGUUUUCUAUUAUGAGAUCAGGAUACUCCCUACUCGUCCUGGCAGCUCACCGUCCACAUCCAGAAUAAAAAUAGGAUUCCGAGAUAUCUCAAAAAUACAAUCGAGUUCCAAAUCAUCAUCUCGGACAGAUUUACAGGUGAGCGACCCGAACUCCAUCAACAGACAAGCAGCAAGCAUAGUCCGAGCCACUCUGGAUACAACAUCAUCUAGCAGCUCUACCAGCCGUGGGGACAAUUUAUAUAAGGGAUGUUUCCUGUAUGGAGGACAAGAUGGAAAUAUUACCGAUGGGGCACUUUCAAAAACGUAUUCCAACGGUUUUGGCCAAUUAGAUGUGAUAGGUUGUGGUGUGAACUACGUUGAUGGAACGAUUUUUUUCACCAAAAAUGGCGUUCAUUUAGGAACAGCCUUCACAGACAUACAUGAUAUCGAUGUGCUGCCAUUUGUAUCUUUGACCGCAGGAUCGGUAAUAAGAACAAACUUUGGUCUUUAUGAAGAGUUUGUCUUUGAUAUACUGGGAUACCAGCGCAGGCUGAAGGCCAAAGCUUAUCAGCACAUUUAUAAGAGCAUUGAUGGGCACGAUGGUCGCGAUGACUUUUCGCCUUACGAUGAUCAACGGGAUGUCUUGGAUAACGAAUCUGAUGCUAAUCCGGUCAACGAAGGGAUUGUCAGACACAAAGAUGGAUUCUUGCUGCAAAAUGAUGAUAGGAUCAGUGGUGAUCAACUUUUCAGACCGGAUGUGGAGAAUUUGAAUAAUUUGAACAUCGAUGAUGACUCUAUCCCAUGCACUAUGAACACGAUGAUUAACGACUAUCUGAUACAUGAAGGUCUGAUCGACGUUGCCAAAGGAUUUUUAAUCGACCUUAACAAAGACUGCAUUCCGAAUAACGAAGAGGAACGCGCAAGGAUGGUAAUCAGGCACAACGAAAGGCAAAUCGUCAAGGAAGAGACUAAUUUGAAGGUGCGGCAGGACAUUAGAAGACUCAUUAAUGAAGGCGAGAUGGCAGAGUGUGUGCACUUUAUUGAGUCGCAUUAUCCUGGGCUGCUCGAGAGUAGUAUCGACGUAUUUUUCGAGCUAAAGGUGGCUGAAUAUCUACUGGCAUUUGUGAACUUCAAAAAGCACACUAUCGAUGAUAUUCUAGCCCUUGGGCAAGAACUCACGGCGAGAUUUGUGUACAGUCCUGACGUUCCAGCAGGAUACAAAGAAGCAUUUCAAAACCACCUCAAUGACAUCUCCUCUUUAUUGGCUUACGACAAUCCGUUGGAAGAAUGCAGUGAAGAUCUUGCGGUGUUCUUGACACCUGCGUAUUUGCAAGAUCGAUUAUUUCAGCUGAUUAACUCGAGGGUCCUUGUUUUUCUCAAAAAGAAGAGUGAAAGCUCUCUGGAAAACAUGGUAAGCUACACUAGAGCGAUGAUCAAUGCCUUAAUGGAGUACGGGGAGGGCAGCUCGCUUGUCCAUAAUGAUUCCGAGCUUCGCGUUCAUAAACUGAUAAACAUCGACGAGGACCUACUCAGUUUGUAA